UGGCCACAACCGUUAUAAAUAGUACUGUACCUGAACGACAAAACCCUUGCCACUGGUUUAAUCUAUACAACACCCCUGUGACCCAGUGACGCAUUAGUGUUGAUAACCCCAACAAUAGCUCACAGCGCCACACAAUAACUGUAUCAGCUGACUCCACCACCUGAUUGCCCUCGACGCUCGCUAUACACAAGAGCUCUUCACCUGUCAGAGUGUGUGUUACCUGUGAGACUCUGACACCAGGACAGGACAAGGGUGAUGGAGGACGCUGAUCUAGUAUGUAGUGAGUGCCGUCAAAAGUACUCGAAGGGGGAGAGGUGUCCUCGGGCACUUUUCUGUGGUCACACCUUCUGCACCCACUGCCUCGACCAGGUCAUCCUCAGGAAGAGCCGACGAUGCCCUAUCUGCACCCGCCCCUUCAUCGCUCUCUCCGCUACCCAGCUCCCUACAGACUUCACCCUACUGAAGCGUGCCUCCUCCAAGACCGAUCCUGGGUCAAGUUUCAAUGUCUCUGGCAUUUCUAGUUACCUGUCCAAGUCUCUGAACUCAGAUCCCCAGAAGAAGAUUCCUUCAAGAACAUUAUCAUCCAAUUCCUCCCCUUCAGAAUUAUCGUCAUCAGUAUCGUCUGUUGCAGCCAAGAAGCCACUGAACUCGUCUUUAAGUUUACAAACAAGUAGUUCCUUAAGGAGUUUGUCCGCCACCUCAGCCAGUCAAGGUUAUAAGUCCACAAUUUCUCCCACAACAACGAAAAGCUUCCACUUACCUUCGAUAGGGACGACUUCACCAACCUAUUCCAUUCUAACACCGAGACUCUCUUCAGUUCCUGCUACUACUACUACUUCUCCCAGCUCCCUCCCCAUCACUCAGGAGACAAAGUCGAGUUCAACCUCCAGUCGAGAAGUAACAGCCUCUCUUAGUAACAACAACAUAUAUGAUGCUAAACUUCCUCGAACACCAACCUUAGAGAAACUCAGCAGUAAAAGUCAACCUCAGGGAUCACUCACUUACAAGCUUCCAACCAUAAGAACUAAACUUAAUAUUGACAAUCAAGAUUCAGAGCCACGUCGAUCGUCGUCUUUAGAUUCUGACAAUGUUGGCGAAGGGUUGAGUGAGGCAUCGGUGAUGGGUCUUCAUGAUAAUUUGAAGAAGACAGAUUCCUGUCCUGUAAGUUCUUCCGAGUCUCCUUCUGCUAAAGAACAGGAUUCCAUCACUUCCUUUAAGCCUUAUACACCAAGAGAUGAAUUCCUCAACAAAAAACCAACAGAUGCCGCCAGUUCAGCAUAUAAGGUAACUUCUACUAGACUCCUCACUGGUUCACCUCAGUUGCCCCUGACGAGCAGAGUGUCGAAGAUUACUGGUCAGGAUCAAAGGUUUGGUGAUCCUUCUGCCCCUGCUCUCCCGAGCACCAAACCUCCACCAGCAACAUCUAAGGACUCUGUGGGGACAACAUUUUCCCUCAAGUCAUUAUCAAGCCUCUCUACUUCUUCACCACAUGUUUCUAGCGGUAAAAAGUCAUCACGAAACGAAGGUAUAUCAUCCAGUACUCCAAGUCAUGUGUUAAAUAUGUGUCGCUCUAUAACAACAAAGUCUAGAAAGUUGUCAAGUGGUGGGGACACAGCCGGCGUUCCUGUUACUGAUGAUCCAUUGCUUCACACCAACACCGAGACUCCAGAAAAACUAUUUACAUCAUCUUGCUGGACAACACAACCACGUGAUCCUAGGGUGGUGUCUUCUCCGGCUCGACAGAACAGUUUCAUCACAGACCUGACGCCCAGUAAAACUCUUCUGUGUGAUGAUGAUGACAAACCUUAUGAUCAAAACAAGGCAGAGUUGGAUCCUGAAAUGAGAAAGACAAAGUCAUUUGAUCUCCAACCACCUGAUGCUGUUCAUCCACCUAUCACAACUGUUGAAGAGACAAUAAACACUGAGAGAGAAAAUUAUCCUUCUCUCCUCAGCCUUGGAGUCGAGGAUACGUCUAGCGAGAAUCUAGGAAAGUCUGAUUCCGUCGAUAACCAUCCUAAAAUCGUCUCCAGUCAUCGAAAAGGAGAAAGAGUUUCAAAAAUGUCAAACGAAGCUCCAAAGAAGGAGAGUUCCCGACCCGCCGUCACGGAUGAUCUUGAGACAACAAACAUGAAGAAUAGAACAAGCAGCCUCAGUCCUGACCGGCCACAGUCUGGUCAUCCGUCAAGAGAAUCCGGAAAGCUUGAGGAGUCAGAGAUCAGAUCGCCUGCGGAUGCACCACGGGACGUCGGGAAACUUGCCCGAUCUUCUUCACUCAGUGCUCGUCUGUCGGCCCGCACGAGUUUCAUCUUAAAAAGCCUCAAGGAGGAGACUGAUGAACACUCAGCAUACAGUAAAAGGCCAGCCAGGGAAGGAAAUAAUGUCCCUAGAAAUGAUCUGAAGUCUCCGGACCUUCCAUCAACGUCUUUCAAAGAUCGCCUCUCCUCCCGCACAAGUUACUUAUCAAGCACUGACGAAGAGAAAGUUGAAAACCCCGUGGAAGUAUCAGGAUCACAUAAUUCUUAUAUGAAGUCGACAAACUCAAGGAUAGAAGUGCAAAGAGCAAAGAGUGACACGACCAAACCAGGCAGUGAUGAGCUGACCAGAUCUCUCCAGUCAGGUACAAGGGAGGUGCCAGAGGGCCGUCAGGGACUAUCACUCUCCCCAUCCCGUGAAAAAAUAAUGCAGAUCAAUAGAUUUACAACGGGUAAAAGUGAGAGUGUUCACCCAGAAGGACUGGAUAUAGUACCAAAUCGACGGGAUUUAAAGCCGCACCUACCGGGCUCUCCUUCAGCAUCCAGUAGUGAAAAAAUGGUGAGCCCCGCUGCUGCUGGAGGCGUGUACACAAGUAAACAGACAGAGGUUAAAUCAAAUAAGCAGAGUGAGGAAGGAGACGCACUACAUGAGGGUACAUCAGUGACUCAGACACGUCAGACCUGUAUUGACAAGGAGCCCAGUGUAAGGCAGAGUUUAAGUAGUCGGUUUCUAGCAUCUAAAGCCGCUAAGCACCCAGACACUGCACCUACAGGCCGGGAUGAACAGAUUAACAAGAAUCUUCACCAAUCAAGUGAUAUCAACGAUGAAGAUGCCGUGUCUGGCACUAAGUCUGCACCAAACACUUCCAUCUAUGAGAGGUACAGUGCCCCCAGUUGGAAGCCAGGGUCUGCUUACUCACGCAUCAGUUUUAAGUCAUCCCAACAGGGUAAAUCACAGAGGUCAUCAGGUCCGGACGCUAAAUCGCCAAAUUCUCAAACUACAGAAAUAGACAAGAAGUCAAACAACAAAUCUGGUAUCAGUUCUUCAACUUAUAAUAACAGAGGCAGUACAGAUUCCUCAAAAGCAACGUCAAGCACCAGUGGAGAGCAUCAAAAUCCUCACUAUCCUUUAUCACCAAGCACACGUCAAGCACUGGCACCAAGACCGUGGUCGGGUUUAUCAGUUCGCAGGCUGCAAGACGUUUACUCGAGAUCUUCCGAAAGUUUUUCGGGUGACAACACCAAAACAGUGUCAGUAACUUCAGCUGAGACCAAGUCACCAAUUUCUCCUCUCCGAGAUGCAGUCAACUUUGAUGCACAACAUAGCACCACGACAGGUGUUCUGGGACCGUCUGGUGACCGAUAUUAUGGCACAGAUUCCAUUGUUCAAGAGAAAACAGAACCAGAAUGUAAGAUAGAGAAACGCCCUACUCUUUACUCACAGAUUAUUUAUCAUGACAAGUUAGCAGAACUGCAAAUAGGAAAUGUGCCAAGUGUCCAGAACGAGGGUGAGAGUGAAGAUGACGCCACUACACAGCCGUCAGGGGAGACAGAACACAGCGAGAAGAUUAAAGAGUUUGAGAAGGACGACCUUGAUGAUCUAGUUGUUGCUACCAUACACACUGACUCUCAUCAUCGACUUACCGGCAGUGACUCGAGGCUCAGAUCCUGUGAUGAACUUGUUGAACCACAAAUUAAAAUUCAAUUUAGCGGUACAGCUGCAAGAAAAAGAUAUCCUCGUCCUGCGACCAAGGAUACCGUGCAGGAUAUCUGGCGCGCGAGGAAAGCGAGACAAAAAUAUUCCAUGGCAGCAACGUCGAAGCAAACUCCCAAAACUUGUGAUGAAAUGCCAGAGGAGGCAGGAGAGGCAGGAGGCAGUCAUCAGCUGCGUCGAGUUCGUCAUUGGGUGAAGGACACCACCAGCAGUGAGUCACCGCAGGCAAGUUUGAGGGCAGAUUCCUCUGAUUUACAGCUCAACCGCCAUCGAUCUAACCUAAAAGGUACAAUUAAUACGACUGGAGGAUCGUCUAGGGCAGCGGCGUCAUCUAUCAGCCAUGACCAGAAGAAGUUUACUCAAGAAAGAGAAAAUGAAUCUGACGAUGAUGACGUGGGUAAUUUUGUACCUGCCAGCACUAGACUGUUUUGUGAUCCUGUUGCAGGAGGCCCUGUGUCCGGAGAUCACGGUGCUCAGGGUCAAGAAGUCCAGACGGAGACACACACAACUACUACACAUGGCGUGAAUGUUACUAGUGAUUUCAGUCAAAAGUCCGACCUGUUUCAGUAUUCUGGUCCUGACAGUGUGGACGCUCACCCGAUAGGAACUACAACACAUAACUCGCCUCGUAAAGUAAAAAUAACCAAUCUUACGCCUCUGGAGACCAAUUUGGACACACUGGAAACUAGGCCGAUGUUGCCAACCACCGAACAAGGGUCGGCUGUAAUAAAUACGGAGCCUGACAGUGGAUUUGACACAAGUUGCACGGACUCAGUAGGACCGUCACCCAACGAGAAUCCUAACAACAUUUAUUUAACUGAUCCUCCUUUUAUCUCAGAGGAGACGGUGAGGGAGCCAUUCACUGUGACCUCUGAAGGACGUCCAGGUGUCGGUUGUUGUUGUAGCACUCAUGGCUCUCUCUUGCACCUAUACUGCAAGUCUUGUGAGAUGUGGGUGUGUGACAGCUGCCUGGACUUGGUGCAUCAACCUCCACCACAGGGACGCUGCCAGGUGGUCACCGCGGCAGACGCUGUCCUCUACAUGAAGAUGGUCCACACGGAGUUCUUCAGCUCGAGAGUCAACACACUGGACCACUUCAGAGAGGAACUGAAGAAGCUCUUGACUGAGUGUGACAACAGCAUCAGGGAACACGACGCCAAUUUAAACCAACUGAAGCUGAAAGUACAAGAGGAAGCCACACUAAUGAGAGGCAUCGAAUCUAUGAGGAACCUCGCGUUGCAGAAGCUGAAGAAGGUGGACUACUGGGAGGAAUUGCUGAGGCAAAACGCUGAACGCAUCAGCCAGUCCUCCUCCUCGCAGGACAUAGUGAGUGCCGUAGAGGCCAACAGAAGCAACAUCCUCACUAGCAUCAUGGAGGACGUCAACCCCUUACAGUUCACUUUGAGCUACUCUUAGCACGUCUAAAGUCUCUCUAUGUUUUACCAUAUUAUAGAAAGCCUUAUCCCUGAGGAGUCCACCAUGGCCACAUCACUGACCCCCUGUGUUUUAGUGUCCAGUGUUUCUCCUACAUGAAGUGAAGUUUUGUUUGAUUACUUGAAAUUAUAACUAUGAUGACAUUUUAAA